CCUGUGGGCUGCAAAUUAUGUUCCGGUUCAAAUUGCACAAGUUGUGAUUCAUCUUACUUUUUAUUAAAUGACAACUGUUCACCAUGCCCCAAAAAUUGUGAAAGUUGUAACAGCUACGAUGACUGUACUUCAUGUAAGCCAAACAUGUUUGGAACAAGAUGCUCUUUCCCCUGUGAUGGUAGUUGUCUAAACAGUGAAUGUCAAGAUGAUACAGGAUAUUGUAUACAAUGUAAGCCUGGUUUCUAUGGAUUUCAAUGUCAGCACAACUGUAGUGUUUGUGAAGAAGAACGUUGUGAUUUACGUACCUGCUCGAGUGGUUGUAGAGCCGGAUAUUAUGAGUUUAAAACAAGUUUUGAAACAAUAUGUCAAGUCUGUCCGUCAAAUUGUAAACAUUGUACGGAUGGAAAUACAUGUUAUAUAUGCAAUGGCGGUUUUCACCUCUUUAAACCUAAUAAUAAUGUUCACUGUGUGUCAUGUCUACAAGAAUCGCCAUGCUCGGACUAUUGUGUCAUUCAGGGAUGCAAACAGUGUCAAAUACGCAAUAAUUCAUUGGUUUGCGCAGAUUGUCUAGAGGGACAGCUAUUCAAUGGUAAAACGUGUGAAAGCAACACAAUCCCAUGUUCAAAGCAAUGUUCUAACUCUUGUGAUAGCGCUGGAGUAUGUAUCGGGGAGUGUUAUAAUGGCUGGAGUGGCGAAAAAUGUUCCGAAAACUGUGACAGCAAAUGCUCAAAAUGCUCAAAAGAUAACAGAAAAAGCUGUCUACUGUGCAAAGGUAAUUUCUACUCAACCGAUUGCAGUUUAGCCUGCAACCCGGCAUGCAUUAUAAAAAGUGGUACUCAAACGUGUGAUCAUACAAGCGGACAUUGUUUAAACGGAUGUAACCAAACAUUUUGGGGCGAUACCUGUGAUAAGCCUUGUCCUGGUGGAUGUAAAGAUAUGAAAUGUGAUAGAAACAACGGUAAAUGUACAGAUUGAUGUAAGGAUGGACAGACAGGAGAUGAAUGCACUCAAACUAUCACAAUCGAGGUAACAACAGAGGUAACAACUAUUCAAACAAGUCCUAAACAAAUUUUAAAUGAGGGUACACAGGCGGAAUUGCAAGGCAAGAAAGAAAGCAACGAACUUAUCAUAGGUUCAUCAGCAGGAGGAGGCGUUCUUAUAUUGAUACUGAUCAUAGUGGGAGUUUGUUUGCUAAAACGAAGAAAAAAAUCGCCAAGGGAAGAAUCCGGUCAACAUGAGGCAGUUGUUGCAGAAGAUCAAAAUGUGUACGCAAAACCAACGAAAAAACCGGCAGCAGUUGAAGAAAGUCAGGAUUACAUAUAUGCACAACCUUACAAAACACACAAGCUCAAGAAACCUAGUACGAGGGAAAUAAGCAAACCAACCGCAAUGAAUGAUAAUUUUGCCAUAGACUUGGAUGAUAAAACAAUUAUCUCAAAUGAUGCGUAUGCGACUAUCACCAUUGAUAGAGAUUCUGAAAGCAAAACUGAAGAAGAAACGGAUGUUGAUGAAAUAGAGUUAGAGGAAUUAGAUGAAGGAAAUUCUAAACUUAUCAAAAUAGAAGUAAAUCCACCGAGUGCUGAUUUGUAUUACAAUACAGCAAGUUUGGUUCGAAGCCGGAUUCAAAUAUCUGACCUUUUGGAAUACGUCAGGAAGAAGACUGAUUAUGAAGAUGAGUUUGAGAAACUACCUAAAGGUUUGACAAGGCCUUGUGACGAAGCUCUCACUCGGACUAACCGCAAGAAAAACAGAUAUAACGGAGUUUAUGCAUAUGAUGCGACUCGUGUUAUUUUACAAAGUAAAACCUAUAUCAACGCAAACUACAAUGAUGGACACAAGAAGUCUCCAGAGUACAUAGCCCUCUCGUUUUAA